UCAGUUGGCCGAGUAAUAAUUUGUCAGUCUGACAGUCUUGGAACUAAAAUCAAGAAACAAAACCCUUCUGACAUAAGAGCAGGAAAAAAUUAUAUUUGUCCAGGCAAUUUCGAAAUUGUAAGUGCUUCUUGGCUAUAAGAAAUUCCGAAAGGGAUUCAAAUUGUUAUAUGGACCUGAGCAGGCUUGUGUAAUCCAAAAUUUUGCUAAUCCAUACCAGGUGCGCGGCCAUAAAGCAGCGACAAGUUUAAGCCAGCGUGAGGACCUGUCCUAAUUGUUUUCCUGCGUCCUGCAAGAGCGCCCAGGUAAAGCUCGUGGUCAGUUUCAGAAGCAAGCAAUUGCAGCUGUCAGAAAGAAUCGAACCAUCCGAUCAGUAACAACAUGGGCAAUGUCAUGGAUCGCAAGGUGUCCUGCGCGGAGGCAAGGAGCAUGACUCUACCCCCCGCCGCCCCUCCUGCCGCCUUGCAGGAGAAAAAGCUGAUCUUAAGGAAAGAAACUAAGCCCUCCGCGAACUUGUCAUUCCACCUGUUCACCUACAGGCAGCAAAUGGGCUGCAAGAAACACCAGCUUCUAAAGUGGGCCAGCUCGAAGCUCCUGCUUACCGAGGAGCUCUUGAAGCUGCAGUCAAAGCCAGGAAUGCCCUCUACAAGCUCCUGGACCAAUUUCGAUACCAUUCAGGUGUCGGAUGACGACGAAGAUGAGGAGAACCGGGAACCUGCCGUGGACGCCGAGUAUGUUUUGGAGCAGGAGCUGUGCCACCUAAAGAACUAUCGCUUGUCGCUCAGGGGCACCAUUCUGGAGAUGGCCCAGGAUAAGAUGAAAAAGCGCGAUAAAAAGAUGAAGAUAAAGCGUUUGAAACGCCGGACCCUAAUCUCCUCCAAAAAGCCCAGCAACAAGGAAAAGUACAAACAGUGGCAGAUGCCCAAUAAUGAACACCACCAUUCCCAGGAUAACCAGCCUAUGGAUGUCAUUGUCAUCGAUUAGUAGAUCUUAAGUCAAAUCCUAGUCCCCAAAGCUAAUUAAGUCGUUGUCCUCGUUGUAAUUGUAAAUUAAUUUAGCAUUUAGUUUGUUUUAGUUGGUAGAAUCAUCCAUUAAAAUAGUUUACACGAAAAAUUACAA